UUCAUUUAGCUCCUGCAUCAGGAGAGCGCUGGAUUGAAACUGGUGAACCAGCCUGAAACACAACAAUGCAUUCUUCCAUUAUACUUCUGGUUAUCUUGUUUGGCUUGCUGACUCAGGCGAACACAAUACCUGUUAAAAAUUCGACUGGUGUGCACGAGGGGAAAGUGAGGUUGAAAAGGAAAUUCUCUGAGGAAAAUAUAGAGCAUGAUGAAAUGACCACAAUGGAUCAAAUCCUGGAGGUCAAUCGCAAGAUACGAGCCCCAAGAGGAAUGUCAAUAAGGGACGGCGAUAUUGCUGUUUCUCAUGUAAGGAGUGCCAUAACCUGCCCCGGCAACACCUGUCUGUGGCCUAAAUCUGUAGAUGGAUUUGUCUAUGUACCCUACAUCAUCUCUCCACUGUAUGACGACAUGGACAGAAUCACCAUAGAAACUGGAAUGCAAGACAUUUCCGCUGGAACAUGCGUUAAAUUUGUUCCCCGCACUCACGAAGGCAACUUCCUUGACGUUCAGCCUAGAUAUGGCUGCUGGUCAUUUCUGGGGCAGACUGGGGGAAGCCAGACCCUGUCACUGCAGACUCCUGGGUGCAUGUGGUCGGGAAUCGCUGCUCAUGAAUUCAUGCAUGCUCUCGGCUUCGUACACGAGCAAUCCCGAUCAGACCGUGACAACUAUGUCACAAUUAUAUGGAAAAACAUCAUGCCAGAGCACAUACAUAACUUCAGGAAACAGGUGACAAACAAUCUCAACAGCCCAUAUGACUACAGCUCUGUCAUGCAUUAUGGACGAUAUGCCUUCUCUGAAGAUGGCGGACCAACAAUAAUCCCCAAACCAGAUCCCUAUAUCCCCAUCGGCCAGCGAGAUGGUCCUAGCGUAAUGGAUCUUCAUAAAAUAAAUAUCCUCUAUAACUGCGCUACCGAUGACUAACUGGAUCCAGAAACCUCUGCUGUAAUGUCCUGCCAGAUGUCACAAAUAGUUUAUUACAACUUCUCAGCUUGAGAUGAUAAUCUGGGCGACAGUGGUUUAACCUGAGUCUAUAGCAAUGUAUAUUUUAUUUUCACUGUCUAGUCUGCACUUUGAGCUUUUAUUGAUUCAAGACCUUCUGCCGUGGGGUGUUAUAAAUUACCAGAUAACAACUAAAGGCUGCAUUUCUCUAGUAUAAAUAAAGUGCCAAAAACAAAACUCACCAGUUUUAAGUGCCCGCUGAUGCCAGUAACAUCAUUGUAUCCGAUCUCCAAUCUAUUUUAUGGCUCUUGUCUAUCUUCUGCUUACUUUAAAUUAAAAAUAAAAAAUAAAAAAUGGCUAAUGGUUUAUUUUUAUUUUCCAGAGACAGACUACAAGUUGUAAAAAAUAGACACUGCUUUCAGGUGUAAAAGUAGAGUAAAUGAUUUCGCACUUACAUACGUGAAAUGAAAACCGUAUAAACUUCACAUAUGUGAAAAAUAAACAGUGGAUGUUAUUAGGCAAAUUUUUUUUUGUCAAGAGCUGGUAAACAAGAUGUUCAACAUAUUACCAUUUUGAAGUAACCAAAGUCACUGACAUUUAAUUUCACAGUAAGCUGAUAUCUCUGAUCUCUCAGGGCCGCUGUAGUUUUGGACUUGAGCAAGUCCAUUAAUGUCCCAGGUACAAAUGGAAAAGACACUGGACAGGUGAUUUUCACUGAGAGAAGAUCUGUGUCUGGAUUUGUUGAACUUCAUCCCUGAGAAAGAGAACCAAUGUCUUCUGAGCAUGUGUCCUUAUGUGUUAAAAUGAUCUCCUCUUUGAGAUAAUAAAAACUAGCAGUGAUACUGACCUGAAGUGCUCAAAACCGAAUGAAAAGUGCAACAAACUGUGUGAUUCACUGCUCUUGCCCUGGUGAAGUUAACUAUGCAAACUGCAAAAUCAGCAGUAUGGUUAAUUUUUAGCACAUCACCUGCCACAGUAUAAAUCGAUGGAAAAAUAUGAAUUUCACUUCUGGGUUAAUUUUACUCACUUUCACAAUUUCACUGCUGUAAAUGUCUGACAAGUUUCCCUCUUCUUGAUGGAUAAAUAUAUUA